GGCACUCACGGGCACAUACUGGCAGUGCGCUCUCUGAAACUCAGCUCACGACAGACCGGACCGCACACUUCAUGUAGUAACAUUAUGCUGGACCUCUCAUUCCUAAACAUGAGCAGCUCACGGAGCAGUUUGAAUCAAGGAGAAGAGAGGCCAUUCUGCGGAUGAUUCGUUUGCGUUGUGCAUUUCUCUCCUCCAUUAUAGAUGCGACGAGUGGAAUGAGCUGUUUUUACACCUCGGUCGUUUCCAUUAAAGCAUGGGAACUGCCGUGUCCAAGAAGAAGAAUUUAAGGAACGAUGCCAUUUCUUCUGUUGCCGCAAAAGUUAGAGCAGCCCGUGCAUUUGGAGAAUACCUUUCUCAUACGCACCCUGAGAACCGCAACAGAUCAGACCAUUUGCUAUCUGACACAUUCAUUGCUCAAGACACGGACUCUCCAGACCUCAGCCGACUAAACAACAACGAUAGCCUCCAGCCGUACUACCAUCACACUCUCAUAGUCAAGCCCAGUCAAGAAGAGCUUCAGCCAGGCAGCCAGUCUGCUCCUCUUCCCACAACAUCCAAACGGCGUCUUUCUGUAGAACACAAUCUCUCUUCUGAGGACCAGAAGCAUCACAGGUGCAUAGAGAACUCUUUGAAACCAGCUCGUGUCUACACUAUUACCAGAGAGCGAGAUAUGCUCGGUGGUCAGGCAAGCGAGGAGAGCUUGGAACUGGAGGUGCUAAAAAGGACCACAGAGCCACAGCGAGCCAAUGCUUCACGUGGCAGCCAUCAUCGAGGAAGCCAUCAUGGUGGAAACAGUAGCCACACCCACCAGCAUCACUGCGGCCACGCUCCUCCGACGCAACCAUUGCAGAGCUCAGGGAGUGCACAUAACAUCCGGGAUUGGGGAUCUAGGAGGAGCAGGUCAAGGGAGGACUGCACCCCAGAUUGCGUGGCCUGCAUUCGGCCACACUGCCAGAGCCAACGUUCCCUGGACCUGGAGACCUCACCUCUUGAUGGUGGCAGACAUCAUAAGAAGCUUGAGAGGAUGUACAGUGAGGACAGAGUUUCUUCUGAGGACAGAGAGGAUCACUCCAACAGUUGGUUCCCUAAAGAGAACAUGUUCAGCUUCCAGACUGCGACCACCACGAUGCAAGCAAACUUCAGGAAGCACCUGAGGAUGGUGGGCAGCAGGCGGGGGAAGGUCCAAACAUUUGCUGAUCGCAAAGCAAAGAGUUUCAGCCGCUCCUGGAGUGACCCCACCCCCGUCAAGCCUGACUCUCUCCAUGACUCCAGAGACAGUGGAGACCUUCAGGCAUCAUCUGGCAACCUAGAUGAAGAAGACUGUGAUGACGUGGACUGGGAGGAAGAGAGAGAGAUGGAAAAAGCAGCCUGCGAGGGCGACGAUUUCAUCCCACCCAAAAUCAUGCUAAUUUCAUCCAAAGUACCAAAGGCAGAGUACGUUCCAAACAUCAUCCGCCGGGACGACCCAUCCAUAAUUCCUAUUCUCUACGAUCACGAACAUGCCACCUUUGAUGAUAUACUAGAGGAGAUUGAAAAGAAGCUCACCGCCUACAGAAAAGGCUGCAAAAUCUGGAACAUGCUUAUCUUCUGUCAGGGAGGUCCGGGUCAUCUUUACCUAUUGAAGAAUAAGGUGGCCACAUUUGCAAAGGUGGAGAAGGAGGAGGACAUGAUACAGUUCUGGAAAAGACUUGGCAGAUUGAUGAGUUUAUUAAAUCCAGAGCCCAACCUCAUCCACAUAAUGGGCUGCUAUGUGCUGGGAAAUGCAAAUGGUGAAAAGCUUUUUCAAAACCUCAAGCGACUCAUGAAACCACGAGUCAUUGAAUUUAAGUCUCCUCUGGAACUAUCAGCACAGGGUAAGGAGAUGAUCGAGAUGUACUUUGACUUCCGCCUGUACCGUCUGUGGAAGAGCCGCCAGCACUCCAAACUUCUCGACUACGAUGACCUUCUGUGACAUUGUGGCAUGGAUUUAAGAAGCCCAAGAGGCAGGUAGCUUACUUUAGGGCCCACGCGCCAACGUUCCCUCCCGAAAGAGCCUAGGCAAUGUCCUGAGGUGGAGGAUGGAGAUGAGCUUGAGGAUGGUGGAUGACGUUCGGAAGACGUUUCCACCUUCGGAUGUAAGGAGAGGGGAAGCAGCCAUUACUGUUAGGUGCUGUAUGUUCACCCCGUCUAAGUACAAGAGGAACAUUCGCUAGAUAACUUGAUCUUAUCUUUUAGCCUUUGUAAAGGUAUGGACAAUGUUCUUCGGUUUCUGUGCGAAAAGCGAAGAGGAUGGAAAAAUUGGACAUUUUUAGGAAAUAUUCGUGAGUAGUCGUGUUUGUGGUAAACUAACAGGGACAGUAAUACAAGGUUCAUUUUCUAAACAAGACUAGAUUUGACGUAUUACAAGUACAGGUAAACUGUGGAACUACAGAUCUGUUGUUUUUACUUAUCCACUCUAUAGAAUAACUACUGUCCUUUACAUUUCAGCGUAAAAAUAUUGCACAGUUUAAUUUUUGAAAUGAUUACGGUGUUUUACUGGGAUUCUUGAGAGGGAGGAAAACUCAGGUUUCAUUUUAUUUCUGACUUCCCUCAAGAGACAGUUGUUCAGUCAGAAUGAUUGAGUUUCCUGAGCUGGGAUGAAAUAACACUCAUGACUGAUUGAGUAAGUUUUAGAUUUCUAUAGAUUUAGUUUGCAGAUCCAUUGUCAACAUUUCUACAUAUUAAUUGUGUAAUCAUGUGUCAUGUUAAGGCAUGUGUAGACAGAGCUCAUUAUAGAUACAUUUUGUCUUGUGGUGUCUUUUAACAUUUACCGUCGGUGGACAUCUUUCAAAUUUUGUAGUAUCUUAGACAAACAUUUAAUUAGAUGUUUUAAAUAAUUCAGUUAAAAAUAGACAACAGUGGACGAUGAAUUUCUCGCAGAUUGCGUCAUGUUUGUUUUGUAUUCCUCUGGUUGUGUUUUGUCACAUGAAUUUAUGUAUUUGUCACAAGCUGUUCUUAGGUCUUCAAUAUCGCAGGCAUCUCUGUUUUAUGCUGUUUUCUCUGUAGCUGGAGGAAAAGUGAUAAUAUUUACAUCUCAUAAGUUAAAUCGCAAUUGUAUCUGCAACAUUUCUUUUUGCAUAGUAGUAGUACUAAAUGUGACCGUGACCACGUUUUAGAUAUAAAGCUUUUCACACUUGCUGUUUAAUUUAAAAAUAGUAUACAAGAUAGUACACUUAGACUCUAAAGUGGUUCUCCGGGGAGGGAAAUGUUCUCUUAACUCUCGUGUUGGUGCGUGGGUGUUUUUUGGACGCACCAGAGAGAUAACAAGAUAGAUUGGUAGAUAGUUGUUCUUUAAUGGUCACUUGCAGCUGGUACAAUAAUGGUAUUAGAAUGCUGCCAGAUAUAUAAUCUGCAGUGUGGUUACUCCAUUGCAAUAUCUAUUUGCAGAGGUUUUCAGUAGCCCUUUAGAACAACAAACAGUCUAAAUGUGGCCUUGAGUUGUUGAUGUGCAGAAUUACAUGUACAGUAUGUGUGUGCUUGUAUACUGUGUUUGGGAGUGUGGCUUUUCAAGUUUAGAGAUGUGGAAAAGGGCACUGAGAUGUGAUUUCAUGCAUCUGUGUUUUCCUUGUGUUGAGUUGUCACACUUUUUUGAUCUCGUGCAGCCACCCAGAAAAUCAAAUAAAGCACAAAGGCAUAUCUAUGUACUUGUAGGUCCAUCAGAGUAGUGGAGUGUGUUCUCUUGAGAUAAAAUCAAAGCAAUCCAACCACUCCUUUACUGAGGAAAUCAAAACAUUGUUGUUUCAGACAAGUGCUUGCCUUCAUAUGUAAUACAAUUGUUUCAUUGUAUCAAAUUGCGUAAUACAAAACCUUUGUGUUUUGACUUUUGGCUCAUUUCGAUUUAUGUAAUCUUUUCUACACUAUUUCUACCAAAGCCAUUGAAUGCCAUUAUUAUGUCAAAAAGGAUAAAUAUACAGCCGCAGAAAAAUUAAGAGAACAUUUCAAAUUUAUUUUCAGUUUUUCGGAAUUUACUAUUUAUAAAUAGUAAAUAUAUCUAAAAAUACAUACAGUAUAUGUAACACGGUCAUUUUUGUUUCAUUCUAUGAACUACUAACAAUAUUUCUAACAAAUUUUAAAUUAAAAACAUUAUUUCUAUUCGCAUUUAUUUGCAGAAAAUGAAAACUGGAGAAACGGGUCAAAAUAACAGAAAAGAUGUUUCGUAUUUUCUCAAAUACUGCAAACACAGUUCACUUUUAAGCAAUACAACAGUAAUAUUUGUACAUUCAUUUGGGAAGUUCAAAAAUUAUUUUUUAUGUGAUAACCUCAAUUUUAUCGAAGUUUUCAUGUGUCUUGUCAUGCUGUCAGUCUUUCACAUUGCUGUUGAAUGACUUUAUGUCACUCCUGAUGUUUGACACGACUGAAAUGACCACAAAACAUCUAGAAAUGCUCUCUCUCUUAAUUCUCUUAAUUUUUUGCAGCUGUAUAUAUUUAUAUUUAAUAUAAUAUUGUGGGAGUAAUAGAAGAUAUAAUUAGAUUUAGAAGGUUUCUUAUUGUGUGGUGUCUCAGAUAAAGUGCAGUCAAUAAGAAAUAUGUUCCAUAAAUACUCAGCUUGAGGUUCUGUGAAAGAUCUAUGAACCCCACCACCACCACUCGCAAUAAGACAUUUAGUGUGGCCUAUGGCCUUGUGUUGAGUUUAUUAUGUAGGCAUGGCUAAAACCUUUGAGAGAAACUUUACAUAUUCAAUUUAGCAUAUGUGUGUGGGGGUCUGAAAGUAAUGAAAGCAGAAUAUAAUGGAAAGCUCAGCUCAGCACUUUACUCUGAGGUUACUCCAUUUAAAAUCGCAUGUGUGUUUCGUUCAUAAUACAUCCAUCUUGAGCGAUUUUGUAGCAAUGGUAACCUUAACCGUAUUGUUUCUAGGGAAGACUGUAGUGCUUGUACUCUUGUCUGAAUCUUUGGAUGCUGAUCAUGUUUUCAACAGCCUCCAUUUUAACCACAAAUGCUGGCUUUGCGGCAUGAUGAUGGAGGAUGUCAGUAGGCUUUGUUCAAUGACAACGUUUACAUGCACCCUCAUAAUACCAUUAUAAUAGGAUUUUGGCAAUAUUGUGAUACACUUUACCUCAUGUAAACGCAAUCAUUCGAUCAAAAUAAUGCGAUUAAGCUCAUAAUCACAGUAAGCAUAAUCGAAGUAACAUGUCAUGUGGCAUAUGCUGAUUUUAAUCGCAAUAUGCAUGUAAACACCUUAAUCGCAUUUAUGCUGCUCUGACCAAGGCACUCGUGCUUCUGUCAUGCAUCGUAAGCGCAAAUUCAUGGUAAACAUGACAGUCUAAAGUUUUACCAUCAACACAACUUACUGUCAGCAGUCUGUCCCCUUAUCUUCAUAUGGAAACAGCGCGAACGCGAUGACAGCGUACACAAACGCUGUGGAGGCAUUUUCAUCAUGUUUAUAUAUUUAUCACAGCACAGAAUAACUAUGAAACAAAUCCGGAUGAAGGCAUUUAGCAUUUGACGCGAAUACAUUAAAACGAUAGCCAGUAACACACCUACUGUACCCGAGACCAUUGUUUGUGCUGUGUAUUAUAGCAAAUAAUCAGACUAAUAAAACUUUCAUGUAAAUGGGAAUUCUCAUGUCAUGUAAACAUGUUACUGCAAUUAAGUACUUACUCUGAUUAUUGGAGAUAAUCGCAUUAUUGGUGCGCAUGUAAACGUAGUCAUUGUUAUCUGAAAGAUUCAGGCAGGGUUUGUCUCACUUUAAUGUUGACAGUACAAAUAAUUGAUGAUUCCCAUAUGAAACAAUAAAAUAAUUUGUGAGUUAUGAUGUUAUGUUAUUGCAGUAAUAUUGAUAUGAAUAAUUUCUGAACUUUAAUAUGAAUAUAGUAUUGACAGACAUGACAUGAAUUAUGAAAACAUAUACUGUAUAGCCAAAACUUGAAGGGUUUGUUGAUGUGUUGAAAUGUAAUGUCUGCAAAUGAUUCUCUCUGGUUUAAUGUGAUACCUGGUUCAGGGACAGAAAAUACUUCAAGGAGACAUUUGUUAAUGGCUGGACCAUGUUAGACUACUUGAAAAUGUAAAAUCUUUUAUUUCAGCAUUUCAAAGCAGAACAAAAUUAUUUUACUUUUUCCUUCUCCUGCUGCUCUAAGGUGACGUCCUGCUGUUUGAUGUGAUGUUGUUGAUUAGAUUAAGUGUGGAAUGAUUGACAGCAUCAUGAUUGCACAGUUGGACACUUCAGCGCAUUAUGUUUUUAGUAGAAAUGUUUUUACAAAGGACGUGCUAUGUCUUUCUUAUAUUCUCUAGUGUGAGUCUAAUCACUAUUCUAAGCAUUUUCAGUAGCAAUGAUAAUAGUCUCUACCUAGAAAGAUACAAUAUCUGGAAAGUGUUGAAAAUGUAUGACUGUAACAUGUUCUCUUAGUCUGGCUAAAUUGCCAAAUAUUUCACAGUGUCUAGUUCAACGGUCAUUUCUUGAGGAAACUAGCUCAUCUUGUUAUUUUUGCUACUUAAAGACUGGAUGUAAAAGUUUCUUACUCUUUAUUAGCACAGUAUUUGCAUAAGUUGUAUUCAGGAAGGUAGUUUGCUGUAAAACUGUACUUUAUGAAAAGGUUGUUUUUCCUUGUGCAACCACUUCACAGCAAUGAAAAUGUUUCCUAAUCUGUUUUACAGUAAAAUGUACCCAGUUUUAA